AUGGUAGACAACUUUCGCUUCUACACAGAUAUGGGUAAUCAAGAUAAUUAAUUUGACAUUGACAGUUCUAAAGAAAAUAAUGAUUUAUUUGGCAUGAGUGGUUUGCUUGUUAGUCUUUGUAAAUAAAAUAACAACUUGGUACCUAAUUAGCAGGAAAGAAUGGACAUACAAAGCAGAGUAGGCAAGGAUAUUACAAAUGUGCUACAAAAUCAAAUGCACAACAACUUACCCAUCAAAAAGGCAAUUAGCAGCAACUUUUAGGAUGAAAAAAAUUAAAUAAAUAUGCAAAAGAGCUUGUAAUAAAUUCGUGCUCACAACAGAACUACCUCUAGCAUUCUAUUUGUAGGAAAUAAAGGCAAAAAAGAUGGUAUAUAAGCUAAUACAACUCAAGAAUAAUAACAAUUUUAAUUUAACGACUAAGCAAGAGCUUUUUCUAAUAAACCAGUCUAUAAUAACAAUGUAAAAGUGAAUAAAAGUGGUAAUUUUGCACAAAUAACUAGCAAUUAUCACUAGAUGAAUAGAAUCCCAGAAUAAUUUUCUUGUGAAAAAGAAAACACUAAUUCUUAUGCAGCUUAAUUUCAUCUUUAGUAACAAUCUAAUUAAAUUUAAAACAUGCAAUGCUAGACCAACUUUUUGGCUCACAGUACCAACAAUCUUCAAUACAACAACUUCAAUAACAAAUCAAAUCCUCAUUUAAAUAUUUUCGCUUCUUAAGCAGUUAGCACUUCGUUAAACUAGCCCUUAUCAACAAUCACAGAUUUACCUCUAGUCCAGCCAAUUUAAAAUGAAGAAGAAAAUGAAAAAUGCGUAUCUGGAACAGAUAGCUAAUAGCUCAACUCUUCUAAUAAGUUAGCUCAUUUAGAAUAUAUCCGCGAAAUCAUUUCUCACUUAAGAGCAACAGAGAACAAUUUCAGUGCUAAAGGAGGAUACAUGGGUGUUGUUUAGAAAGAGAUAAAUGAAAGAAUGAGAUCAAUUUUAUUAGAUUGGUUAGUUGAUGUUCAUUUCAAAUUCAAACUUCGUACUGAAACCUUAUUUAUUACCAUUAAUCUUAUUGAUAGAUAUUUGGAAUAAGUACCAUUAGAAAGUAGUAGACUCUAAUUGCUUGGUAUAACUUCUUUAUUUAUUGCAGCUAAGUACGAAGAAGUAUACUCUGUUCCUCAUAUUAGUGACUUAGUCUAUGUUUGUGAUAAUGCUUAUAAGAAGGAAGAAAUUUUUGACAUGGAAGGAUCAAUAUUAAAAGUUCUUAACUUUAAUAUUUUAUGUGUUACUUCGUUCCGUUUCUUAGAUUAUUUUAUUUAGUUUGAUGAAUUGGGAGAGAAAAAUUACUACCUUGCUCGCUAUUUAAUAGAAAUUGCACUGCUUGAGUAUAAAAUGAUCAGUAAUGCUCCAAGUCUUCUUGCCUCUGCUGCCAUAUAUUUAGUCAAUAAAAUAAGAAAGAGAGAUGUUGCAUGGAAAGAAAGCAUGAUCGAAAUCACUGGUUAUUUGGAAUAAGAUAUCCGUCCAUGUGCUAAAUUAAUUUGCCAUAUUGUUUAAACAAUUGAUUAACGUAAGUACUUGGUUUCCCUUCGCAAAAAAUUCUAAAAGCCCUAAUUCCUUGAAGUUGCUAAAAUCAAAAUUGAGCAACGCAAAGAAAAUAAUGCUUUUUGCAAAAACUAAAUUAAAAAUAACAACAACGGAAAUUGCAUUUAGGCUUCAUAAAAUCUAACUAGUUCGGUAUGUGCUCCCUUCCAAGAAUGUGCCUCUAAAGACUAAGAAAUAAUUCCUGAAAUAUAAAACGAUAAUAGCAGCAAUAAUUUCAACAAUCCUAAUAACUAUUAGCAAUAAAAUCAACCAGCUUACAGUUACAAUAAUUUUUAGAAUUACCAUUCUAAUAGCAAUAAUAAUAUUUAAAAUGACUAAUGCAACAUAAAUUUAUAAGAGUAGUAAUUGCAAUAAGUACAAUCUGUAGAUAUUACUGUACCACUUUAAGCAGCCUGUGUUUUGAUUGAAAAGAGGUUUGCUGAAAUAAAGCCAAGUAACUAUGUCUAAUGUCUAAUUAAUAAAGCUCUUUAAGGAACCUAGCCAAUUGAGCUUAAAGUACCUUCAUAAAUGUUACUCUUUAUGAUUGAAAAAAAAAUUAAAAAUAUUUAAAAUAAAACUUUGCUUUGGCAACUUCCUAUCAGAUUAGUUAAAAUAGUAACAAACUCAAUGUUCAACCCUGAAAAUAUUGAAGAUCUUGGUUUGAUUCCAACUGAAUUUGUUAACUUUAUGAUUGAAACUAUUUAUAAUGAAUAAUAAAUACUGUAAUAAAAUUCUCAAAGAUAAUAUUUCAGCAACCAUCACCACAAUACUACAACCAGUAAUAGCAACAAUGUGGCUAAUUCAAAUACAGUCGUUUUCUAAAAUUUCUUUAACAAUUGA